GAGGGUUUAUCCGCGCGCGCGUGCGUGUGUGUCUCGUUAUGUUUUCGGCCGCCGAAAUUUCGCGCGGAAACGUUGUAUACAAGUAGCCGACAAGUCACGCGAUACGUUUUGUUUUGCUUCCCAAGACCCACACGAAGAGGCAGUCGCAAUCCACUCCCGCCGAGAUUGCGAGAAUUCCUCAGCGCCUGUCAAGAUGACCAGGUCGAAAAUAGAACUGGGCGAUGUGACACCACACAACAUAAAGCAGCUGAAAUUGCUCAAUCAAGUUGUGUUUCCAGUCUCAUACAACGAAAAGUUUUACAAAGACGUAUUGGAAGCUGGAGAACUUGCCAAGCUAGCAUAUUACAAUGAUAUAGUGGUUGGAGCAGUUUGUUGCCGUGUAGAUACUUCAGAAAAUUCUAGACGUUUAUAUAUAAUGACAUUGGGUUGUCUCUAUCCUUAUAGAAGAUUAGGAAUUGGCACUGUUAUGGUCCAGCAUGUUUUAAACUACGUUAAUAAGGAUGGCAAUUUCGAUUCUAUCUUCCUACAUGUUCAAAUAAGUAACGAGGGUGCGAUUGACUUUUAUAAGAAAUUCGGAUUUGAGAUUGUCGAAACUAAAGAACAUUACUAUAAAAGAAUAGAACCAGCGGACGCGCACGUGCUGCAGAAAACGCUGCGUCCACAAACGAAUCAAACGAAUCAUCAAACGGUCAACUAAGUAGCAUUGUUUACAUUUAAUUUAUCUUUUUCAUAAUUUAGAAUCUACAUAUGUUUCCAUGUUCUGUCAAUAAAGUCAUUUUAUAUUAUA